ACCACCACCCCCACCCCCGAUGCAGCACGAAGAGCAUCAGCCGAGGGGUUAAGUAAAAAGUGUACGCGCGCUCUCAAGGUUACAGUGCGGAAACAGCGACGCCGAGGCUGAGCCGAGCAAAUCUCCCGUAUCCAGAGCCAUCAGCUCUGCAGGGGCAACCCGAGCGAAUCUCGCCACGAGCUACUGCUGCUGCUGAUGAUGAUGCUGCUGCUGCUGCUGCCAGCCCCACGCGCUCUCGUGCGCUGGGCAGCCCUGCCCCAGCGCUUGCCCCUGCCCUUAACCGUGCCCCGCGCGGGGCUGCGAUCGCCGCACACAGCCCUCUUCUCCCGCGGUGCCGUCUCGAGGUCGGCCAGCGGCGCCUCUUCCGUGGCCACCGCCAGGAGGAGGGGUGCUGCUGAUGACGGCAAGCUGGCGGGCAAGUUCGACUCGCCGACCGGGCAGCCUCGGUCCGUGAAGGAGAUUCCCGGCGUGGGGAUGCUGUCCUCUCUCUACUGGCUCAUCAUCCGCGGCUAUGUGAGCGAGUACCACGAGCUCCAGAUUAUACAUCACAAGCGCUUCGGGAGCAUGUGGACUUCAUACACGGGCCGGGAGAUGUUCGUCUGCCUUGCCGACCCAGACCUUAUCGAACAGCUGAUGAGACAGGAGGGACCUUACCCUGUGCGCGUAAUCAUGUCCGCCUGGGAUGAUUAUCUUAUGAUGCGGGGUCAUUCCAAAGGCCUGCUAACCCAGACGGGCGCCGACUGGAAACGCAUGCGCGAAGUUCUCAACCAGCGCAUGCUCAAGCCCAGGGAGGUGAUGCAGUUUGCGGACCCCCUUAACGCCGUCGUCACAGAGCUGAUGGGGCACGUGCGGGCGAGGCGCGGGAACGGCGCCGCUACCGCCGUUUUCCCGCUGCCGGACGUCGCUCAGCUGCUCUACCGAUUCGCCUUUGAAGGCGUUACAACCGUUCUGUUUGAGACUCGAAUGGGCUCGCUCGAGGAGACUGUCCCCAAGGAGACCCAGGACUUCAUUCGCGCCAUCGAGAGCAUGCUGUCCACCACGGUGCACGUGAUGGCCCUGCCUCGGUGGACUCGGCCACUCCUGCCCUUCUGGGGCCGCUUCGUCCAGGGGUGGGACGUCAUCGUCAACACUGCGACGCGACUGAUAAACGUCAAGCUGGCAGAGGUGAAGGAUUGCAUCUCCCGGGGGCAGGAGGUGCGCGGCGAGUACCUGACCUACUUGCUGGCGAGUGAUCGCCUCUCGCUGCCCGAAAUCUACAGCAACACCACCGAUAUCCUGCUGGCUGGCGUGGACACCACGUCGAACACGCUCUCGUGGAGCCUCUACCACCUGGCUCAGAUGCCCGCCUUGCAGGAGGCCCUGUGCCGUGAGGUCAAUGCAGUCGUGCCCGGUGACGCCGUGCCGGGCAUUGACGAGGUGGCCCGGAUGCCACUCCUCAAGGCCGUCAUCAAGGAGACGCUGCGGUUAUACCCGGUGGUCUUCCAGAAUGCGAGAUGCAUCGUGGAUGAUGGCGUGGUACUCGGCGGGUACUCCUUGCCGAAAGGGACCAACCUGUCGCUGUGCCAAUACGUGCUCUCCAUGGAUGGAGAUGUCUUCCCGAAUCCGCGGGAGUUCCAGCCCCAGCGCUGGCUGCGGGGCAAGGACCGUGCCGCGUGGCGGCACGGCAGUGGCGGGGAAGGGGAGGAAGGGGCUGCUGCUGCUGAUGAUGCUGCCACCUCGGAGAAAACGCAUCCCUUCGCCUACAUCCCAUUUGGCUUUGGGCUGCGUGGGUGCGUGGGACGCCGCAUCGCCGAGCUCGAGAUGCACCUCUGCCUGGCCAGGUUUGUGAAGACGUUCGAGAUGAUGCCCGAGCCUGGCGCAAAAAAAGUUCUGCCAAAAACGCGGGGCGUCCUCGUUCCCUCCACCCCCAUCAACCUCUUGCUGCGCGAGAGACUCUGAGGAGAAGAAA